GACUAGCUCCGAAAAUUCGGUAUAACAGAAAAAAAACAAACGCGCUGCGAAUUAAAACGACAUCGCAACUUUACGUACACAGUAGUAAACGCUCUGAAGUGUGACGGUAUAUAGAGACACGGUGUGCGAGAGUAUAUAUAUACAUAUAUAUAUAAAAACAACAACAACGACGACAAAGAAAAUGGCGGCAACAACGAUCAACAGCCACGUGUUCGAGUGCGAUAACGAGCUGAACGACAAUCUGUACAACAUCAAGUUGUCGACCAGCAAUAAGCAGACCUCAAGUGCUCGACGAGUAAAGAAGAUCCUGAAGCCGCUUUUGAGACUGCUCAAGAAGUCCGGAGGCGGUAAGAAGAGCGCCAAAUCGCUCAAGGGACAGCAGAGGGCUCAGCCUCAGGUGGAGGUCUUCACCGAGGAGGUCGACAACCAGAACAAUGCCAACGAGGCCCUGGAACAGCGACUUCUAGCCGGCCUGGAAGAGGCCGAGGAGGGAGCAGCCAUCACCGUUUGCCUCGAUGGUCAGAUGACCGUCGUUCCCGUGGUUCCCGGACAGUGUUACGUUCCCGUUCACUUCGCCCACACCCACGCCGGCGACUUCUACUGGACGACGAUCUCCCUCGCCGACAGUGACCUCUGCUACAAGGAACGAGCCUUCUCCCAGAACCAGCAGCCCGAGAUGCAGGUCGCCUAAGUGCGAUGGGUUCCAUGGGUUUAAGCUCCGGUUCAAGUUCCAGUUUCGCGGAAAGCUAAAAAAGGAGACUCGUCCUGGCCUCGACAUUGAUUAAAAACGAGGUGCAACCGGGAUGCGGGAAGAAAGAAGAGAGAAGAGUAAAAACGAGAGAGAGAGAGAAAGAGAAAGACUUUAUUUAGACGUAAGAUAAUUAUUUCAAACUGUGAUUAGUAGUUUAAACGAUUAUUGUUACGAUUACUGUUCGUAUUCGAGUUACUUGUUACUUGUAUGUCUAUCUGAUAUUUGCUCAAUUGAAAGAGAGGAGAACCAUUUUGCGGGAUUCGAUUAUUGGGCACGAUCUCGUACAGCAUGUUUUGCAAAACAACUGUCGAGAUUUGUGAUAUACAAAUUCCUUCAAAAUAUGAAUAUAUAUUUUUUUUUUUUUUCAGUUUUCAUGGUACAACACACGUAUACGGUUAAAAUAUUCCUUUCAUGCGAUUAGUGCGAUUAUUUUUUGUAUAAUCUUGUUUCUGCAUGACGACAAUUUCAUUCGCACCUGUGAUAUUCGUACCUAAACACGUGACUUUUAGAGUUAGAAUUAUUUAACUUUAAGUUUCAUCAUUGUUGUAAUAUUGUAACAUGCACACACGCACACACACACACACACACACACACACACACACACGCAUAUUGUGAUAUCGGCUUUAAAAUCCUGUAGAAGGAAUAAUUCGAUUGAUCGACCAUUCAGUCGCCACAUUUUAUAAUUAAAUGUAAAUAUUAAGAUUAUAUUAUAUCAAAUCAUAUCGUCUUCC